AGUUAUGACUUAUGUUAUUCCAUCUUAAAAACCAGUGACUGCCAUUACCUUACAAGUAAAAUACAAUUAGUGUUGCUAUAAUGCUAUAUCAUAAAUUAUAAUUUAUUUGAUUCGUGACAAAUUUAUUUCCACUCGUACUUGUAAAUUGUAAUUCGUAUAUUAUUUUUCUUCAUACGUUAGCACUUAUACUGCUGAAACACUUAAAUUUUGAUUUUCAUUCAUAUUUUGCAUGUGUUGUAUACUCAUAUAGGGAAAUGUGCAUUUGUAUCCAAUGCCAGUUGAUAAUGACAAACAAGGCUUGUCUCAAGAACAAUUAUUUUCUAACACGGCAUCUCAAAUAUGGCCAGGAUUGAAGUCGAAUGCGAAGUGCAACGUCAUUGUGCGUAUUUAUAUACUGAGAGCAUACAACUUACAUCCCGGUGAUAUUAGUGGACUAUCAGAUCCAUAUGUAGAAAUUGUUUUAGGGAAAUCCAUUCGUAUAUCGGAUAACACAAAUUACGUCCCUAAAACAUUAAACCCUGUGUUUGGUGAGCAAGAACUUGCAAAAGGAUGCAUUCUGUACUUGCCACAGGGAGCAAGGACAUUCAACCUGGUACAAGAACUUGCAAUGGUGAAUAAGAAAUUGAAACGACAAGCUGCAAGGACUUUCAACUUGGUUUCUUGCACCCUGUUGAAUGCCCUUGCUCCCUGUUGCAAGUACAUAAUUCAUCCUGUUGCAAGUAUUUCCUGGCUAUUGAAAGUUCUUGCACAUUGCUGCAAGUAUUUGCUUCCUGUUGCAAGUCACUGCUCAACAUUGCAAGCACUUACUCAGCUGUGCUGCACGUUCAUUCUCGUUGUUGCAAAUCGAUAUGAGGGUGAUUUUCAUGUUACCGGGUUAUUCAGAAUUAACAAUAAAAUAUAUUAUUAUUAUUAUUUAAAAUAUGUAUUUUUAUUUCCGAUAAGGUGUUUUGAAAGAGUAAUAUCGUUCCCAGAAUGUUCGAUGAUGAAAGUUAGAAUUAUGGAUUACGAUAGAAUUGGGAAAAAUGAAUUGAUCGGUGAAACAACAAUUGAUAUUGAAUCAAGAUAUUUCAGCAAACAUAGAGCUCACUGUGGACUCCCAAAGCAAUAUAAUAAGACUGACAAACUGUCUUUCUGGUUAAUUAAUAAGGAUGGAUACAACCGUUGGAGAGAUAGUGAAAAACCUUCAAAAAUUCUACAUGAACUGUGUUCGUUAUAUUCAUUGAAACAUCCAAUAUACACGACGAACAGUGUUACAAUAGGUCUUAAAACAUUUCAUGUUCACGAUGAAAAUACUGAAUCCGAUAGACAAUCGUUGGCAUUGUAUGUAUUAAACCAUUGGCAAGAGAUGCCAGUUGUUGGUUAUCAUUUAGUGCCUGAAUAUGUAGAAACUAGGACAUUAUAUAAUCCAGAUAUGCCUAACUUACACCAAGUAGGCACAUUAGAAAUGUGGGUUGACAUGUUUCCUAAGGAUAGUAAUAUUCCUGAAAUGAUAGAUAUUAAACCACCAAUUGUUGAACUCUACGAACUUCGUGUAAUUAUUUGGUCCGUCACUGAUGUAAAACUCGUGGAUAACAACUUUUUUACAAAAGAAAAACACAGUGAUAUUUAUAUCAAAGGGUGGUUACCAGGUGUCGAAAAACGGUCAACAGACGUUCAUUACCGAUCAUUAAACGGCGAAGGAUUGUUCAACUGGCGUUUAAAAUUCUCGUUCCCUUAUAAUAAAACUGAAAAUAUUAUUGUCUACAGAAAAAAAACUUUUUUCGGUUUUGACCACGAAGAACAACAAUUUCCUCCCAAGUUAAAUCUUGAAAUUUGGGAUAACGACCAGUUGUCACCAGAUUUGUAUAUAGGUAGAUUAAACAUUUUGUGAUGAAAGUUGUGAAUUGUUUGUAUAUAGACUCAAAUUGCAUGCACCAUACAAUUUAGGUUCUUUGACUUUGAACUUACGCAAUAUGCCUCGUGGUGCGAAAACUUCGUGGAUGCAUAACUUAUCCAAAAUGUCCAGAAUAAACUUGUUCAAAGUAAAAAAAACAAGUGGAUGGUGGCCAUUCAUUUCCACGGAAAAUAAUAAAAACACUAUUGUAGUAAGCAUUACUAAUUAGUGAUUAAGCUAUUCCUCCGAAAAUAAUUUUAAAAAAAAUAUGUUAAUUAUGCAUAACAAGGGUAAAGUAAAUGCCGAAAUUCAAAUAUUGACCAAGCAAGAAGCGGAUAAAUCACCAGCUGGAUUUGGUAGAGAUGGGCCCCUACCUUUGCCCGUACCGAAGUAAUUUACUUUUUCUUCAUAAUAAAUGGCUGCGGAAUAAUAAUCUAUAAUUUAAUAUUAAUAGGAGACCUUCAACUCAUUAUUUAAAAACAAUUAUGGAUCCAUUUAAGUUUGUAUUCCGAAGUGUAUUCUCAGCUAACAAAACGAAGUUUUUAUUUGUUGUACUACUUAUUUUUGUGGUAUUAUUUUUUCUCAUAAUGGUUUAUGCGAUUCCAGGAAA